AUGGCAACUGUAACAUACAAUGAUGAAAGUUUCGUGGAAAGAGACGAAGUUGUCUAUCCCCGUAGCGAUGUGAUCGAUGCGGAACCACAUUACAAUAAUUUUACGGCCAUUCAAAAGGCAAUACGAUAUGAUUAUGAACAACAACAACAAUCAAAUGUUACUAAUCAUCAUCGAAGUCAUUCAACCGAUAAUCAAUAUCGAGCAAUUCGCACGCUAGUCGAACCCUCUUCAUUACGUCAUGCUCAAUCUAAUGAAAUACUUGAUAUGAACACUCAACAUCCAUCGAAAUCUACAUUUAUUCCAAUAAAAAUUGAAGCAAAACGAAUCGAUGGGCAUAUUUUUAAUUUAACUAAAAUUAUGGAAGAUAUUGGCUAUAAUAGAGAUACUCCAUUUAUCCGCCCUUCAUCAGAUUCCAAUACGAAAAAUAUUAGUGCUUUAUUAAAUAUUGUUUUAAAAAUGGGGGGUGCAAAUGGACCACUCGUUAAUGUUUGGCGCUCACGUAUAGAUAACGAUUAUUUUCAACGAUGGUAUCUGGAUAAACAUCGUCAACGUUCUGCAUCAUUGAUUCAACAUAAUACCAUAAAUAAUGUAAACGAAAAUAGAACGCAAUACUCACAAAAUCGUGAUUUUCAAUCGAAUUUAGUCAUCGAUCAUUUGGCUACGGAAAAAUUACCAACACAACCAAUGAUAAAUGAAAAUUAUUAUGAAAAUGUAGCUAGAAGAAUGUAUGGGUUUGAUGAAACCGAUACAAUGAGCACAGCAUCAACUCCUUCUACAUUAAAUGAAAUCGAAUUAGACAGUGAUUUUAAUUCAAAUCAAAAUCAACCCCCGCCAUUAAUAAGAACGAUUCUAAAAAAACCUGAUACUUAUUCAAAUCAAAAUUCACAAACAAAACGUGUUACUAUUCGUACAAAUAGUCCAACAAAUCAAACAGUAUCAUCACAACAAAUAAAUUAUAAUAGUAAUCAAAAUGUUCUAUCGGACUAUCAACAAUUUAUUCAAAAUCAUCCCGACGUGCAUAACGACCCAAAUCCUCAAGUAAUUGUUAAACCAAAUCCAGAUCAAGUUACUUAUCAACAAAAUGUUUCUGUUCGAUAUCUUGUUCCGCCAACACCUCCACCACCAGGACCAUUAAUUAUUCGAGAAAUUGCUCCACCGCGUCUACCAACACCUCCUCCAGUCAUAAUCAAAUAUCAAGAACCAUCUCCACCAACUCCUCCGCCUCUGAUUCUUCGUGAAGCUCCACCACCGCCACCUCCAAGACAAGAAACAACAGUUAUCACCAAAAUUUUACCUCAAGAACCUCAGCCACCAAGACGUGUCAUUAUCGAAAAAAGUCCACCGUUGCCUCCAAAACCUCAACCAGUUGUUAUUGAAAAAUGGCUUCCGUAUAAGCCAGCGCCACCACGAGAAGUUAUCCAUGAACGUAUUGUUCAAAACCCACCGGUUUCACAAUAUCAAAACGAUGCUGCAUAUACAGAACAACAACGUCAUCAAACUGAGUUUCAUACAAAUACAUCUAAAGUGCAAAUGUCAGCUAAUAGACAACAACAAAAUUCUAGCCAAUAUUCGCAACAGGAAUAUGCUAUUGAACAGCAGGUACUACCAGAAGACCUUAUUUACGAACGUAUUGUUGAAAAUCCACUGCUUCCACAAUACCAAGCAAGUGCUGCAUAUGCAGAACAGCAACAGCAACAACGUCAUCAAACUGAAUUUCAUAAAAAUGCAUCACGCGUACAGAUGACACCUACGAGACAACAACAAAAUUCUAGCCAAAAUUUACAACAGGAAUAUACUAUUGAACAACAGGCACCACCAGAAGACCUUAUCUAUGAAUCUAUUGAUGAAAAUUCACUAUUUCCUCAAUAUCAAACAAGUGCGGGAUAUACAGAACAACAACAACAACAACAGCGUCGCUCGACUGAAUUUCAUAAAAACGCAACACAUGUACAAACGGCAGCUAAUAGACAACAACAAAAUUCUAGCCAAAAUUUACAGCAGGAAUAUGCUAUUGAACAGCAGGCACCACAACAAGGCCUUAUCUAUGAAUCUAUGGGCGAAAAUCCACUCUUUCCACAAUACCAAACAGAUGCUACGCGUGUAGAGCGACAACGUCGCCAUUCCGCUGAAUUUCAUACAAAUGAAUCACAUGUGCAAAUGGGAGCUAAUAUGCAACGACGAAAUUCUAGUGAUCAUUUGGUACGGGACUAUAUUGUUCAACAACCCCCAUCAGGAUUAUUUGAUCAAUUAGCAUGGAGAGCACAUCAACAAAUGUUAGCUAUGCAACAGCAAGGUAGAGAACAAUUGCAAGCACAUCAACAAUGGGCAGCAAAUCUAUGGCAACAACAUGCAAAUAUGUACUCACAGAGUCCAAUGCAAUUAACAGCACCUUCAAUGCUCGUUUAUCAUCAACCGAUUGUCAUGCAUACAGCUUCAUACGUUGAAAGACAAGAAUAUCAACAACAACAACAAGUACAAUAUAAUCCAACAUAUGUUUAUCCUUUUAUGUAA